AUGAAGCCUGGAAAAUCGAUUGCUGGUCGUGUCUUUCUGCUAGACUUGAAAAAUGGUUCAGAUAUAGGCUUUGAGGCAGCUUCCAGUGUAUGUGGACAUCACGGUGCUCGGAUGGCAUCAGCAAUGGAGCUUCGUCAUGCUGUUGUUGAGUGUUCAUUCUCUGCCUGUGCACGUGGUUGGCUUUCUGGUCCCAGCAUUGGGACAACAGUGUGCAGGAGUAUCUCUGGAAGCUUACGAGCAGUGGACAUGCAGGUGGAGAAUGUGACUGAGACAUAUGAAAGACUGGCUGUGUUCUGUGUGAAAGACAGUGGGGCUCCCUGCGGAGGUCCACCCUCAUUUCCCAAUACACACCUGCAGGGACAGACAGGCCUGGAGUUGGGUGAUGAGCUUCUGUAUGCCUGCAACCCAGGAUACAUUCUUCCCAAUGGUGAGACAGCAUUCAGCCUGUUGUGUGACAGCUGUGGAGAGUGGUAUGGUUUGGUGCAACUCUGUGUAAAAGAUAAAGCUGAGGUCUUCAUUGACUAUGAAGACAAGCUCUCAGACGGCCAUCAUCUCUAUGAUGAGGUGCAUCGCCUGAGUACGAUGCCUAGACCUACUGAUCAUGGAGAAGAGGAAGAGUCUACACCUGAACCAGACCAUUUAGAACCAGUCUUGCAAGUGAAAGCAAUAGACAAGAUGGAGAAAAACACUGCAGUGUCUGUAACAGAGCCUCCAGUAUCUCAGCUAAGCCAAAAACACAUGUUCUGGUUCCCCUCAGAGGCUUUCCAGGAAGAGGAGCAUCCUCUUAUCACCACAGGCACACCUAUUAAAGACUCCACCACAGAUGAGAAUUACAUCUUAGUUAAGCCUGGUGAAGACCAGUCAGAGCCUGAGACAGAGGAUCAUGAGGGUGGGUUUAUCAGCCAGCCUCCAACAGACAAACCUGCCAGUCACAGUGUAGGGGGUACUGUGGAGUCAUGGCUUGAUGGAUAUCCUGUUCACCAGGAGGAGGAGCGAGCAGGUGGAGAAUCUACAGGGGAGACAGUACCAGGGCAGGGUGUGGACAUAGAGAAUGUGACAGACAGUUUAAAGGUGGAUGAUUUUAAAAGUGUGACCAACAUCCCAAAAGAGACAAAUCUUGGAGGGGUUGAGCACAGACACAAAGAGGAACCAACUGAAGGUGUGUUUGAAAUGCCUGAAGAGCAAGAGUUUAGUAAAGUGACUGAUCAUCAAGAUGUGGGGGUUAAGAAUGUAACUGGAAGCCUUGGAGAAAAGAGUUUUAGGGAAGUAUUUUACAACCAAGAGGAAGAGUUUCACAGUGUGACUGACAUGCCUCAAACAGAUGUUUCUGAUGUAGUGCCUGUUCUUUCUGAAGAAACAUAUGCUGUUACAGAGACACCAGCAGUGGAGGAGGUGGAAAGAGAAGCCAAGAGUCCAGUGGAGAUAGAACAUGAGAAAGUAGAUGAUAUAUCUAAAGAUGAAUUCCAUGAUAUAUUUGAGAGAGAAAAUGAUGUUGAAUUGAGCCCCACUCCUUUAAUCAGCCACACUCAGAUCUCAGGUGGCCUAGAUGAGACAACUCUGAAAAACACACCCAGCACUGCUCCUGAGAAUGUCAGCACCAGUCAACAGGGGCUGGGUUUUGAACGCACUGCCACACCUUCAGGCAUGGCACCAGUAGAAACCACGCCUGCUUCACCAGUCCAUGUUAUUAGCAAUGUGGUCACACCCACAGUGAACGUCUAUUGGAAAACCAAAGACAUUGGCCAUUUUGAUGAUCAGACUCCUACUGUUGAUGAUGCUGUAGUUGUAGAAACCCAUGAGAAUCAGAGUGUGAUGGAAGGUGAUGUGGAUCGUAGCCUGGAUCAGCCAGAAGACGAUGGAUCUUGCACUGUGCACCCUUGCCACUUAGCUGGUCAUGGGCCAACUAUUGCUGCUAUCAUUGUUGGCAUUGUAGCAGCAAUUGUGGGUGUGGCCUUAGGUGUAUGGUGUUACAAAAGAAGGCAACAGAAGACCUCUCAUUAUCAGCUGAAUGGAACUAACAGACAAACACAAUGCAUCGAACUCCAGCAGACUGUGUAACCUGACACAAAUGGCUUACACAAACGGCACGUAUGUUUGAACAUUAUAAAGUACAUGCACCUAUAUACAUACUAAUA